UCUGAUGACUCUGGAUUUAUGAGGGUCAGCGUAAUACCUUAUGCACCUGCUUACGUUCCUAAUGCAUUUUUAAACGGGCUAGAAAUAAUGAAAAUGAUUGAGUUAUCAAAUUCUGUUCCCCGUGACCUGGAAUCCAAUUCCAACCAUAAUCGUCUUCUUGUGGUGCUGGGUUCAGUUAUUGGAGGUUUAGUCCUGGUUGUUGUUGUUGUAGCACUUGGCUUUCUUUGGCGUCUUAAAUUGAGGAAGGAAAAGCCCGUUGAGAAUUCGGACUGGUUGCCAAUUCCCGUUACUGCUGGAGGAAGUUCUCACAGCAGAUUGACUGAUUUAACCAGCCAAGGCUCUCCUCUGCCCAACAUAAACCUUGGACUCAAAAUUCCUUUCAUUGAGCUUCAAUCGGGCACAAAGAACUUCCACGCAAGUCAGCUAAUUGGCAAGGGUGGUUUUGGCAACGUCUACAAGGGAGUUCUCAGAAAUGGAUUGAUAGUGGCUGUGAAAAGAAGCCAGCCAGGGUCAGGUCAAGGCCUU